AUCCUGGACAAGCUGCAGCUGGCCUGUGUUGAGGAAGUGGAAGUGAACUGCAACUGGACCCUGUCCAGCCUGGCCACUUUUGCUCCUUACCUCAGCCGGAUGGGAAAUCUUCGCAGCCUCCUCCUCUCCCACGUCCACCGGGCCGCCUCCAUUGCCCCCGAGGAGCAGGAACGGCUGGUCCUGCAGUUCACCUCUCAGUUUGCCCACCUGGGCUGCCUCCAGGAGCUGUCCAUGGACUCUGUCUGCUUCCUGGAAGGCCGCCUGCACCAGGUGCUCAGGUUCCUGAGGACCCCGCUGGAGUCCCUCUCAAUAACCGACUCUCGGCUCUCAGAAUCAGACUUGACGUGUCUGUCACAGAGCCCGAGCAUCCGUCAGCUCAGCGAGCUGAACCUGAGCGGUGUCAGGAUGACUCGCUUCAGCCCUGAGCCCCUCCGAGUUCUGCUGGAGAGCGUCGCAGCCACCGUGAAGACCCUGGACCUGGAGGACUGCGGGAUCCGGGACGCCCAGCUCACCGCCAUCCUGCCCGCCCUAAGCCGCUGCUCCAGCCUCACCACCUUCAACUACCUGAGGAACCCCGUGUCUGUGACCGCCCUGGAGGCCCUGCUGGUCCACACUGUGCACCUGAGCCACUUAAGCCUGGAGAUGUAUUCUACUCCUCUGGAGGUCUACGGCCCCCAGGGUGGCCAGCAGCAGUGGAGACUCAACCAACUUCGUGAUAAGCUGAUGGUGAUGGUGGAGUCAUUAAGACAGUCCAGAACAGUCUGGUUCACUGCCGCCACCCAAGACUUCAUCAUGUGUUCCCGAAGUGGGGGCCAGGAUGCUGGGUGGAUCCUGCUGCAUGACCCCCCAGUUGUGCUCAGUCUGCUCCAGGUGCUUUAUGACAUAGUACAGAACAGACCAUCAGCUGCCUGGACAAGCUACAUGGGGGCAGCGGGCAGUGAGGGCAAAAUCCACAGUUCUAGCCACCGCUGGGGUCUGAGAGCCCGAGGCCUUGCUGCCAACCUGCUUUGCUUCAGGGCCAAGUACACCAAAGCCAGCGACCCCUGUGUCCUGACUUGGCACCAGAUCCAGUGGUAG